AUGUCGAAAUCUUACAGUAUCCUACGCCUCACUAGAAGACGGGCCACGAAGCUCUCCUCUACUUCUUCAACAUGCCAAACGAAGCUUGCCACUACAUAUACAUGUCAGAAAAGUGCUCGAUGUCUAGCAACUGUCAACGCAGGACCUAGGGCCUUACCGGAUAUUUGGUUCACCGGCUCAAAUCCUCGGAAUGAGGAUUCACCCCCAAAUUUCAAAAAUUCAAACAAGCCUCCCAACAAUGAGAGAACAGUCAAACUUGGCAAAACUCUCCGCAUUCUCCAAGAACGUCUUCCUACUCUCCUCCAGUCUCCACUUCCCCAAGAAAUACUCUCCCCGCAAAUAACCCUCCACCUCUUCCCGUCUACGCACCCUCAUCUCCCCACUGUCUCCGGCCGCGUCGCAUAUUCCGCCGCUCUAUGGACAUCUCCUAUUGCCUGGGGUCGCGUUCCCCUCGUCGGAAAUGUAAAGCUUGAAAUACUUUCUGAGCGAAUGAGCCAAUCAUCAUCUAGAGGAUCAACUCGCGAACAGUUAAUCGUACGAUGGAAGACUAUUGGCAAGACAAAGAACAAAGGAACAGGAGGUUUUUAUAAAGGGAUUGGGGCGCGAGAGAAUGUGGAUAAGAUUACAGAGUGGUUGGGGGGUGGAAGUGGUGAGGAUGAUAGUAAGGAAUUUACUGGACUUUUCCUCUUUGAAUUCGAUGAGGAGGGAAGGAUCUGGUCGCAUACUAUUGAGCACGUUCAAGAGGGGGGAAACUGGGAAAGAGGUGUAGGGGCUAAAGUCGUUGGGUUGACGGAUUGGCUUCUGGGCGGGAUGAAGAACGGAAGAGGUGACGAGGGGGCUCCUUGUCCGGCCUUUUGGGUGCAUGAGCGAAACCUGGGGAGACGAUGA